UUUUGAUGGAGCUCCCCCUCCCAGUUAUGUCAUUACUUCAGUUCCUUUGAAUCAGAAUAAAAAGUGCAGCAAACUUCAGACUCAUUGACUGCAGGCUUAACAGGCGCUGGGGCUUUUCUUCCUUCUGCAGCUUGCGAGGAUCUCUGUUUUUUUGCAAAGCAGUUCUGAGGAAACAAUGGCCAACUUCUACUUAUGGGCAACUUUUGGAUUAUGCUUGCUGAAGCUUUGUCUAACAGAGACACAAUUCAAUGUAAGUUGCAGAUAUGGAGGAGUGUUUCAUGUGGAGAAAAAUGGUCGCUACAGUCUCACACGAACUGAAGCAAUUGAGCUCUGUAGAGCUCUCAACAGUACCUUGGCAACACUGGAGCAAUUUGAAAGAGCUCAUGAACUUGGAUUUGAAACGUGCAGGUAUGGUUUUAUAGUGGGGCAUAUUGUUAUCCCACGAAUCAAUCCAUAUCAUCUUUGUGCAGCGAAUCAUACAGGCAUUUACAAACUUUCAGCAAAUACAACUGGCCGGUAUGAUGCAUAUUGUUACAAUGCAACAGAAUCAAGGAGCAAAGCAUGCGAGCCAGUUGAAAGAAUAGAUACCUCUUUCCUCAGCAACCAGAGUGAAAUAGUUAUUGACAAUGAGGAUGGCUCACGUUAUAAUGCAGAUGGCACACGUCAUAGUGGAGACUCCUCAACCUCAGGUGUGGAUGAUGAAAAUUUAGGUAGUGGAUCAAUGCAUGACACAACUCCAGGGGAUACUUCUGUCAGGAGGUCAACUCCCUCAUAUUAUGGAAGUGUUACUCCUAUCUCACAUUUGCCAGAUCAUUCUUCUGGAGGAGGUGAAAAAGACCUGCAUGUGAAAGAAUACGGUUAUGAAAGUUCCCCUACAUCAACUGUUAUCUUGGCAACAGCUGCUGAUUUCCCCAUAGAAGAUGUGCAGCAUCCUGCCAGUACUACUCCAGAGCCUCAUCGUGACAACCUGGAGAAAACCACCACCCAGUCAUGGUGGAAUCCAUUUUCAGACCAGUGGUGGUGGUCAUACCCCAGAGAGAAGACCCAAGAACCCACACAGCCAACAAGGGCAGAUGUGACCUCGAGCGGCAAUGGUUCAGAUGACGAAGACUCUUCAGAGGAGAUGAUAUACUCAACGGUGUUUCCAGGAUGGGAAAUAAGUGUAGCCAAGAAUGAGUAUGCUCCAAGUACUACUCCAGAGCCUCAUCAUGACAACCUGGAGAAAACCACCACCCAAGCUCAGUGGAAUCCGUUUUUAUACCAGUGGUGGUUGUCGAAUCCCAGAGAGAAGACCCAAGAACCCACACAGUCAACCAGGGAUGUGACCUCGAGCGGCAAUGGUUCAGAUGACGAAGACUCUUCAGAGGAGAUGAUAUACUCAACGGUGUUUCCAGGAUGGGAAAUAAGUGUAGCCAAGAAUGAGUAUGCUCCAAGUACUACUCCAGAGCCUCAUCAUGACAACCUGGAGAAAACCACCACCCAAGCUCAGUGGAAUCCGUUUUUAUACCAGUGGUGGUUGUCGAAUCCCAGAGAGAAGACCCAAGAACCCACACAGUCAACCAGGGCUGUGGACUCACAACAUGAAACGCUUCUGGAUGUCUCCACACAAGAUUAUUGGAAACCCUCCUACACAGAUGAAGAGGAGAGAUAUCCUAGCUCUGCUGGCAGGGCACUUGUUACAAGUGAAACUGAAAAACGUCAAGGACCAACCCAACAUCCACUAUUACACAGUGUUCACAAUGGAUGGAUCAGUCAAGGACAAAAUCCUGCAAACACCACUGGGGCUACUGAACAACAAGAAUUUACUCCUCCAGGUGAAAAUGAUACUGAAAAGGAAACUUCUUUUACAGCUAUGGUCUCCAAUCAUGGGGCCAAACAGAAUGACUCAGCGCAAGACCCAUUGGUGUAUCCAGAUUGGGGCAAGGAAGAUUAUUCCACACAAUCCACUAUAAUGGAUAGAGUUAUUCCUUCCAGAGAGAGUAAUCAUGAAAAAGAGUCUUCUAAUACAGCUCUUGCCACACCUGAUGAUGGUGCUCCUCAUGAAGACCCUACUCAGCCAACUCUGCCUUCAGAAAACGAAGCAGCACGGAGCACUGAAAGCAUCACACAUUCCACUGAUGCCCCUGGGGGUCCAGUUCUCCUUGGGCUGGAUCCCGCCAGUACAGAUGAAGCUGGUGAGGAAUCUCUGCUCACAAGUACCAUCACAGUGUCCACAGAUGUUUUCCACCCAGAAGAAGCAACCAGCAGGCCCCUGGCACCCAGCACUCAGCCUGGAAGUGAAAGUGGACAAGCAAAUGCCACAGAUGGCUCUCAUGUCAGUUUGAUACCUGGAGUUUUUCCAGACAUUGAUGAUCAUCUUAACCCAUUACCGACUCAUCUUUCCACUACUCUUGCCACAUCUGAUGAUGGUGCUCCUCAUGAAGACCCUACUCAGCCAACUCUGCCUUCAGAAAACGAAGCAGCACGGAGCACUGAAAGCAUCACACAUUCCACUGAUGCCCCUGGGGGUCCAGUUCUCCUUGGGCUGGAUCCUGCCAGUACUGACAAAGCUGGUGAGGAAUCUCUGCUCACAAGUACCAUCACAGACUCCAAUGAUGUUCUGAAACCAGAAGAUGUAACCCAAGAAGUGUGGACACCUCGAGUCAUUGACACAGCUCUUGCCACACCUGAUGAUGGUGCUUUUCACGAAGACCCUACUCAGCCAACUCUGCCUUCAGAAAACGAAGCAGCACGGAGCACUGAAAGCAUCACACAUUCCACUGAUGCCCCUGGGGGUCCAGUUCUCCUUGGGCUGGAUCCCGCCAGUACAGAUGAAGCUGGUGAGGAAUCUCUGCUCACAAGUACCAUCACAGUGUCCACAGAUGUUUUCCACCCAGAAGAAGCAACCAGCAGGCCCCUGGCACCCAGCACUCAGCCUGGAAGUGAAAGUGGACAAACAAAUGCCACAGAUGGCUCUCAUGUCAGUUUGAUACCUGGAGUUUUUCCAGACAUUGAUGAUCAUCUAUACCAAUUACCGACCCCUCGUUCUCCUAAGUCUACAUCCAAUAUAGACAGUGAUCAGGGACCAUACAAGGGAGACAGUGAAUCUACUCCUUUCCCUGGAGAGUCCACAACAACAACUGUAAGAUCACAACCGAGCUCAGCCCAGGUACCAGAAUGGCUGAUCAUCGUUGCUGCUCUCCUGGCACUGGCGUUGAUCCUCGCAGUGUGCAUCGCCGUUAACAGCCGGAGGAGAUGUGGGCAGAAGAAAAAGCUAGUCAUUAAUAAUGGCAAAGGUGCCGUGGAGGACAGGAAGACAAGGGAGUUAAAUGGAGACGCCAGCAAAUCUCAAGAAAUGGUGCACCUGGUUCACAAAGAACAGUCAAAUGACCAAACAGGAGCAUGUGACGAAUUCCUUACCAUUGAUGAAACACAAAAUCAUGAAGUUGACAUGAAGAGCGGAGUGUAGCGGUACAAAGUCACCAAAUAGAUCAGUGCUGGGGAAAAGUCAAAAUCACACGGACCUUGGGCAGGAAUUCUCAGAUGCACUGUGCUACUGAUGUCUUUUGAACACAAUUAAGCUUAUUUUUUUUUCUUUAUUUUUAAUUAUUUUAACAUGAUGUCUGAGUUACAAAAUUGACAUUUGCUUUCUGAAAUGAGCCCCAGGUGUUGCAGUCAGUUCCCAAUUCCUACACAGAGGGUACUUACUGUGUCCUGGGCACGUGGCAUGUCAUUGUUCCCCAGAUGCAGUGCCUUCGCUGUGCGGAGUUACAGAAGCAUCCAGUUGCUCCAUCUUACAGGCAUUUAAGGUACUAAACUUAUCGUGGUACAACAGUAAGUGAGUAACAGAUGUCAAGAGCCAAAAUAAAAAGGGCUUAAAACAGAAGUGCCUCCUAUGCAAUGCCUAACCCAGCAGAAUUCACCAGCAAUGCCUUCCAGCCAGGAAGAGUGGUAGGUGCACUCAAAGUCUGCCAGUAAAAGCAAAAAGUGACAUUUUGUAAUGAUUGAUGACUUGGUCUGUAACAAGAGAAACCCAGAAGGACAAAGUUUAUUUAUCUCUAUUUUAAAAUGUCUGUGGACAUACAGCAAGUUUUUUUUGGGAGGGGGAACAAAGGGAGGAAAACAUGAGCUGAUACAUAAUAAACUUCUUUGUUAUCUUAACAAUCUGUACAUAUAUCCUUGAUUUUCUGAGGUGUCUGUUGCUUUUCCCCCUCCCUCCUUCACAGAUUACAGUUCAUGUAUGUUUUUUAAGGAGUCAGUUAGUAAGCUAAUAAAGCAGUAUGACCCCAGCUCUAUUGUGCAAGCACAAAUCAAGCAAAUGGAAGUCAUCAGAAAUGAUGGCAGCAUUUUUGUUCCUGAAGAAUAGGUCUUUCUCUCUCCCUGCUCCAUUUUAAUAGGAGAUGCAGUUUCUCCCAUAACUGUUGUAUUGCACCAGUUUGCCAAUAUUUUGAAAAGUUACUUUUGUAUGAUCUUGCUCACUUCUGAUUUAUUUCAUCCACUUUUUCUUCUUCUAGUCAAAAAUGCCAAAGGAAAAACUGUUUUUUUAUUGAUAACAGAAGUUGAAAUUUUACAGAAAAGAUCAAUGAAAUUGUAAGGAAACUCUCCCAGUAAUGUAAUACAGUAAAAUAGCUGCAUCUGCAUUGUCAUUAACUUUUGUUUUGUCCUUCUAUGUCUGUUAUGUGAAGUAUUUGUAUUAAGCAAUGAUGCUGUGCAUUAUAUUGAUAUGAACUGCCAGAAAGAAAAUUAUUUACUACCAGUGAUCUGUGCUAUUUUUAAGAAAGCAUAUUGGAGUGGAGAGUACCUUCUAAUUGGGCUGCCUCAGAAAAAUGCAAGUAAAAAGACCGGAGAUCACUGCAAGCAGUGAGGUCUGUGUUGGCUGGGAUGGGGAAAGUUUGGUAAGAGAUGUUCAGAGGUAUCUGCUCCCUGACCACAGCACCUGCACUGGAAAAUGUUCUGCUAACACAGGUUACUUUAUGCUCUCCAUCUGAUGCAGUGCAGAGGAUGGGCUUUCAGCUGGCCACAUGCUAACAUAGGCUAGCAUUGAUCUUUACUGGGACACCAAGCACAACAAAAAUUGUGAUCAUGGUUCUCAGUUUAGAGCCCUUCAGCAGCUUCCCAAGCAUUCCAUUGAGUUGCUCAGAGCCCAGGUAUCUGCAGGCAGACCUCCUCAGGGAAAAUGUGCACCUGGGCAAAAGGUCCCAAGAUGAGGUGUGAUUUCAGUGUGCGCAUAGGAUGCUUUCUGACUCUGUAUGUCUCAUCUAUGAGCAGUCCAGGAGUGCUCAAACAAGGUGAAGUCAAUAAGGACAAGGUGACAUACACUGUCAAGUACAUGGGGCCCGUUGUUAAACCUCUCAGCCAACCAUAAGCACAUAUUUCAACACUGAGCUGUGUUGUGUCUGUUGACAGUCUGCAUCGGUUUUUGUUUAAUUUCCAUACGGCCAGAUUUUCUAUUUCUCAUUAUAAAUCAGAACAAUCUAUUGAAGGCUGUGUUUAAACUGGUGUUACAUAUGUAUUUCUCUAGGUGUGGAGAUCCAGAAUAAGAAUUUUGCCUCUUCUUAAAUCUUAAUUUAUUAUAAGCCUCAGUCAAAAGGAGAUAAGUCUUAAUGGGUGAAUGUUCUUAAAAAAUAAAAAUAAAAAGGGCCAGGUCAUGUUAUUCAUCUUCUAUGAGAAGAUGGAGAAAUCCACCAAAUCUUUCUAAUUUAUCUAAUGCUCAGUACCUAUAGAAGUAUGGACAGUACUUGUUGGCUUCUUGUUAUAUUUGUUAUAUGGAGAUGCUCAAUUUCUCUUUAAAAAGGCAGUGCCAUUAUUUUAUAUAUGCUGAUUCUUUUUAGGUUAUGUUGUGCAAAUAAUGCGUAAUUAAGUUUCAUUGUAGUUUCAAAACUAGAUGGCCAUUUCAUACAUGUAAUAUAGUGCAUAUUUUUAUUAAUCUUGGUUUUAUUAUUUCAGGGGUUGUUUGUUGCGUGUAUGUAUUUUUUUUAUAUAGAGCACUAGAUAUAUUUGCAUAUUUAUUUAAUAGAUUAAUCAAUGUUAAAGAACAUAUCAUCUCUAAAUUGUAAUUUAAAAAGUAUUACCAAAAAAUACCACAUGGAACUGUAAAAUAAGCUUCCAAAAAUAAAAUUGGUUCCAUGUUGAGGGUAAGUGAGGUCAAUGUGGCUAGUGGGAGAGGAGAAGCAUUUGGCAGUGUGGUCAUACAGAGCCACGGGCAGAUCUCCUGCUUGCAGAACUGGCUGUAGGCUGUGGGACCUCUCGUGCUCCACCAGCUUCCAGUGGGCCCCCAUCUCCAUGGGGUUAGCAACAAGCUCAGUUCCCUAGGAGCACAAAUCUUGGUCCAAGUUAAGGUCAACGCAGUAAGGUAGAAAUAACAUUUAAAGCAGGAAAUAUAUUUAAAAGAGAGGUGAUUGAUAUUUUUACAAGAAUGUAAUAUUUUCAUUGAACAAUCCUGGGUGAUGGUUUCACCUGUAUUUUCUUGAAGAUUCUGAAAGGAAUGUUUGAUUAAAGCAGAGAAAGGAUGUACA